AUGAUUCGGCUGUUUGGCUUUCAUCUUUUACAGUGUUGUGCCUCGUGGUUCUUGCUGUUUCAGCACAGGCCUCCUGGUGUUCUGCUGGUAAACGUGGAGGGCAGUCGUGGCAGCACUGAGGAAACAGACAGGAAAAGGACCAGGAUUUGGAUUUGGAAGCACUGGCUGGGCAGGAGUCAGACAAAGUGGGCAUUUGGAAUAUUUGGGACAUCAACCUCUAGCCUGAGGACCAGGAUUUGGAUUUGGAAGCGCUGGCUGGCCAGGAGUCAGACAAAGUGGGUGUUUGGAAUAUUUGGGACAUCAACCUCUAGCCUGAGAGCAGUUAACAGAGGAUUACAGGUGAGGGAUCCUCCCAAGAGCCGAGCUGGCUGCAAUGACAGGGAAGCAGGUGGACCAGGACACUUCUGGUGGUGGGGAUUUGACACUGUGGCCCACCUCAUGUGUUUGAGGACACAGCAGUUAAUGAUUUCCUGUUGGUGCAAGAUGAGCAGACAUCUGAAUGUUUCUGAGGGUAACUGGCUUACAGUAAGCCAUAGGCAUUGCUGCCUCCAAUCUCUCCAGUAUCUCCUGCCUUCCUGUGCAUGGCACGACUACUGUACCACGGCCAGUUUAGUGACAACCUACAUCAUAUCCUGUAGAAGGUAUACAUUUGAACACAUAAUUAGGCUUACAUUAAUUUGGCUUAUGGUACACAAACAAAGGCCAAAAAAUGAUUGUCAUUCUAGAUUCCAUGUUCCUUCAAUUUUCAGACUUCCAUUUAUUUAUGGCCUUUUAAUUGGGAGUGUGAUCUUCAGGCCCUCUGAUGUUCCAUUUCAAUAAACAGAAACUCAAAACCAAAGGGACUGUAAGUAUUUUUAAUGAGUAAUAGAACUAAAUUGAUCAAGGAAGACAAAAUUUGAAUAAUGUGGAAAGAGAGAUGCAAUAUGCCACUGUCAAAUUUGGUACAGUUCAUUCAAUAAUGAAACUUAAAUUAAAAGAGGAAAAUAUGUUAAUUUAGUAUGAAAAAGUGAAACAAUGGUAAAAGAGAGCAAAAAUUGGUAAUGAUAUAUGUGUGUGUGUCACGUUAUGCUGCAGGGAAGCUCAUGACACAGGAGAUUCUGUGAAAUAAAAUUAAUUUAAUAAUACAACAACAGAGAAUACUGAGUAGAACACAACCAUAAAACAUUGACGAGACCGGACGAAGGAAAACUCAAGGUAUAUAAAACAGGAAGAUAAUGAGUAAAACAAAAAUAGGUGUAGGAACUAAUUAACAGUCAGGGAAAGUAACUAGGGAACACAGAAAAACAGGAAAUGAUCAAACAGAGUGAAAACGAAACUACAACAGCACAUAAAUAGCCAUUACAGUGUGUGAUAUAUACAGCUUUUUGAGAUGUACAAAACUUCAUCCAAGAUAAAUCAUGUCAGAUAUUUUAUGCAAUAUUUAAACUAACAAAAUUCAACCAACAAACAAAUUAGAAACCUUUAAGGAAAAACAGAAAAAUAAAAAGAAACUUUAACUAAUACUUGGUUGAAACUCCUUUUACCUUUAAUAAAGAAGCCAGUCUUUUUGAAUAAGAUUUUUUUUUUUAA